GACCAUUCAGGUUUUGAUUGAGAGAAAGAUUCCCAUUAUCUUUUUCAGUGUCAACUCUCCAACAAAAGCAAAACUCUUUAAAAAAAACUUCUUUUUUUUUCUAUCAAUAAUACAUUAAAUUAAAAAUUAAAGCAAAAGCAAGAACCCAACACGGUUUCACCCACAUGAAUCCCAACUCGAUUGCAAAGCAUAGCUUUCAAAAAGAUGUGUCUUUUUGAAACUAUUGAAGAUCCAAUCUCGUAAAUUUGAUGGGGUCUGCGUUAGAUUUCUAGAGAGAGAGAGAGAGAGUGCGUGUGUCUGUGAAAAGCUGAGAACUUUAUUCGUCUAGAGAGAGAGAAAGCUCAGAGCUUUAACGAAGAUGGAGGCGAAGCAGAUGAGGUUUCUUACUCACCAAGCUUUCUUCUCCUCGGUUCGAUCAGGAGACCUCAACCAACUCCAAGAAUUAGUCGAAAAGUUAACCGGAGACGAACUCAUCGAUGAGUCAUCGCCGUCUUCUGCUGUGUCUGAGCUUAUGUCCGUUCAAAACGACGCCGGAGAAACCGCCGUGUACAUCGCCGCCGCUGAGAAUCUGCAAGAUGUUUUCAGUUACUUGAUUAGGUUUUGUAGUUUGGAAGCAGUUAAGAUCAGAUCCAAAUCCGACAUGAACGCUUUUCAUGUCGCCGCCAAACGAGGACACUUAGGCAUAGUGAAGGAGCUACUGAGUCUAUGGCCUGAGCUUUGCAGAAUCUGCGACGCUUCAAACACGAGUCCGCUCUACGCAGCUGCGGUUCAAGAUCACUUAGAGAUAGUAAACGCAAUGCUAGAUGUUGAUCCGACCUGUGCGAUGAUCGUUAGAAAGAACGGGAAAACAUCGCUGCACACAGCGGGCAGGUACGGUCUUCUUCGGAUAGUGAGAGCUCUCCUAGAGAGAGACGCAGCGAUCGUCGGUGUCAAAGAUAAGAAAGGUCAGACCGCUCUUCACAUGGCUGUUAAAGGGCAAAGCGUGGAAGUAGUUGAAGAGAUUUUGCAGGCUGAUUACAGUAUAUUAAACGAUAGAGAUCGUAAAGGGAACACAGCUCUUCAUAUCGCUACUCGAAAGUGCCGGCCACAGAUAACGAGCUUGUUGCUGACGUUCACGGCGAUUGAAGUAAACGCGGUUAACAACCAGAAAGAAACCGCAAUGGACUUGGCUGAUAAGCUUCAGUACAGCGAGUCAGCGUUGGAGAUCAACGAGUCUUUAGUAGAAGCCGGGGCCAAACACGGUAGAUUCAUAGGCCGUGAAGACGAAGCUAGAGCCUUGAAGCGAGCAGUGAGCGAUAUCAAACACGAGGUGCAGUCACAGCUUCUACAGAACGAGAAAACCAACCGGCGCGUCUCCGGGAUCGCCAAAGAGCUGAGAAAGCUCCACAGAGAAGCGGUACAGAACACAACUAACUCGAUAACGGUCGUGGCGGUUCUGUUCGCGUCCAUAGCGUUCUUGGCGAUAUUCAACUUACCUGGUCAGUACUUCACCGACGGGUCGCGAGCGGGGAAAGCGGAGAUCUCGGGGAGCACGGGGUUCCGAGUGUUCUGUCUUUUAAACGCGACGUCGCUGUUUAUAUCGUUAGCGGUCGUGGUGGUUCAGAUAACGCUGGUUGCGUGGGACACACGUGCGCAGAAGAAAGUCGUGUCGGUGGUGAAUAAGCUGAUGUGGGCGGCUUGCGCGUGCACUUUUGGAGCGUUUUUGGCGAUUGCGUUUGCGGUUGUGGGGAAAGGGAACUCGUGGAUGGCGAUCACGGUGACGGUGCUUGGGAUGCCCAUACUGGUGGGGACGUUGGCGAGUAUGUGUUAUUUUGUGUUUAGGCAGAGGUUUAGGAGUGGCAAUGACUCGCAGAGGAGGAUAAGGAGAGGGAGAGGGAGUGGGAGUAGAUCCUUCUCUUGGUCUUACUCUGCUCAUGUUUCUGAUUUUGAGGAUGAGUCUGAUUUCGAGAAGAUUAUCGCUCUUUGAAAUUGGAUUUCGUCUUGUAUAGUGGAGAGAGGAGGGAUCGUCUCUUCUUUUUUUUUCUUUUCUUUUUUCCCAUGUUUGUGAUGUAUUUUUGGAAAAAAAGAUGAAAAAUGUAAUGUUGUUGUAAUACUAGAAAAAAAAAAUAAUGUUGUAUUCAUAGAAAAUAAAUAAACAAAAUAUUAUAAUCUAUUCGUA